CGGAAGUACAUUAUACAUACAUAAACAUGUUUGUUUGUUUGUUUGUAGGUAUUAUGCUUCACGUUAUAGCCAACUUUUCAUACACAAUGCUGACAUUUACAUGACAUUAAGUGCGUUUUACUUCAUGUAAACGUCAGCCAGAGAAGAAAAUUAUACCGACUGAACUUUAACAGCUGGACUAGAGAAAGAGGAGUGGCUUUAACUUUCCACCAUUAUUUCUGCGACAUUGUUCUUUAUCUUUAUGUGAGUCUCACCUCCGCCUGAGUAAUGCCAGUGUUUUCCAGGAAGACGAAGCCUACAUCGGUAAAGGCUGUCCUUAUGUCUCUGCUGAGGUGGCUCAAGUCUGCGCGGGAAAUAUCCUCAACUGUGAGGCUGCACGCGCUGAAGUCCACCACCGGAAUGCUCAUAUUUUCGUUAAAAAAAAAACCUUUGUAUUUGAUCCCUGGACUGGAAUUAGACUCGUAUAUUGUCCGAGUCUAACCGAAUGCACUCGACGCGGAACUGGUUCGGCCAAGGGUCAUAUUGGUGGUUGGGUUCAACAGUCACAUGACCGCUCUUGACUAAUCAGUGGAGGUGGACUAUUGAUGUAAACAUUGAUAUUAUCAUCAUUACCAAGGAUACUGUCAGUAUCGAAUCGAUACUAUUAUCGAUACUUUUAUUUCAUUCUUAAUUUAUUGUAUUUGUAUAUGGUUAAUUGUUUGAAAAUAUUUUUGUGUUUAUUCUGAUUAUAAUCACGAUCAGAGGCAAAACCGCUCCAGUAUAAAAAGUAUUAGUAUUGGCAAUACCGAACCUGAAUUUGAUUGGUAUCAAAUCCAUACCAUAAUAUGCAGUAUCGCCCACCCCUGCCAAACAGAGGAGCACCAGUGUGACGUCAUCGUUAUCCGCUCACCUUUGGAUGCCAACACUCACACAGGUGAUACGUGUAGCUCAUGUUGCAUGUUAUAUGCAUGUAGUCUGACAUGCAUGAAGACAAGGCAAGGAUGUUCAGCUUGAAGCAAAAGGAGUGGAGCAUCUCGUUCGCAGGCUGUGGUUUUAUGGGCAUUUAUUACGUGGGCGCCAGCAGUUGUCUUCGUCGUCGGUUCCCGGCUCUCAUCCACAAUGCUUCGAAAAUUUACGGAGCCUCUGCAGGGGCCUUGAUGGCUGCUGUCCUCACCACAGGAGUCCCUCUGGAGAAAUGUUGUGCUGAUCUGAUGUUCAUGGCAAAAGAGGCCAGGAAGCACAAGCUUGGUCCUCUGCAUCCAUCUUACAACCUGCUGCAGCUGGUCAAAGACUCCCUGCAGGCCGGCCUGCCUCAAGACGCUCACCUACGGGCUUCUGGGAAACUUUGCAUCUCGCUGACACGAGUGCGAGAUGGUAAGAAUGUUCUGGUGUCUGACUUUGACAGUCGAGAUGAGCUCAUUCAGGCGCUUCUAUGCAGCUGCUUUGUUCCAUUCUACUGUGGAGUCAUUCCUCCCACUUUCCGUGGAGUGCAUUAUGUGGACGGCGCAGCCAGCGACAACCUCCCCCGCUGCCACUACAGGAACACCAUCACCGUAUCCGCAUACGCCGGCGAGAGCGACAUCUGCCCACGGGGGAGCACGCUCAACUUCCACGAGGUGCGCUUCAACAACGUCAGCAUCCAGGUCACCUCCGAGAACGUGUACAGGGUCACCAGCACCUUCUUCCCGCCAGAGCCAGAGGUGAUGGCUGAGAUCUGCCACAAUGGCUGCAUGGACGCUCUCCGCUUCCUACAAGACAACAAUCUGAUCAACUGUGAAUCCCCCGAAAGGAGUCUGGAGCCUCUUACACCUCCAUCGUCACCCGUGGAAGGUCUGGAGACCCGUGAGGACCAGGACUGGUGGCAGAACCCUGACUUCAUCGAGAACCUUCCUCUGAAUCUUAGGAAAGUGUUGUGUGCCGCCUGCAGGGAAAGACACCCUGCUGGUGGGCUGCUGUCUCACGUGUCUGACAAGGUGACCUCCAUCCUGUGGCUCCCCAGCACCAAGUCACUAGAACCCGCCUUCUCGCUGGCCCAAAGACUUCUGCACUGGCUGCCUGACGUGCGCAAAGAUGUGAGUUGGUUCUCCAGCCUGGCGGGAGGCUUCUACAAGAGAGCAUGGCUGACGGAUGAUGAGGAUGAAAGCGCACCGCCGCUCAUGCGCAGAUGCUCCAGCCUGCCAGCGGGUCUCAACUUGUUCCACAUCCCGGAUGACGGCAAGACCACGCCCACGUGUGGCCUCUCAACCAGUGACACGGACCACAUGCCCCUCACGCCCCCACCGACUCCUACCUCAGGAAGUGAGAUGACAUUAUGAUAUUUGAAAGGAAGUUAAUUCAUGGAUUCACUCAUGAGAAUAAAUCAAAGUUAAACCAUCAGUGGACGUUUUAUUAGGUACACCAGCUAAUGAGACAAAACGAUAAUCAUGUUGACUUUUGAUUGACACUUUAACACAGGGGUCUCAAACUCAAUUCACCUGGGGGCCACUGGAGCUAGGGUCUGGGCGAGGCUGGGCCGCGUCAGUUUUUCCAAAAAAAAAAAAAAAAACGCAUUUAUUAAA